UCAUGUUACUCUUUAUUAGACGGUACAGCUCGAGGUAGAAUGGUGCUAUAUUAUGGCUGCAGUUUGCUGCUGCUUACAUUUCUUGCUCUGCCGGGUCUAUUGCUCGGGGGCGUGGUAUUCCAUUGUCCGAGCUGUGCUGCGGAGCGCCAAGCUGCAUGUCCUAAGCUUGCUACAACCUGCACUGAGAUAGUCAGGGAGCCUGGCUGUGGCUGCUGCCCAGUGUGUUCCCGGUUAGAAGGCGAAUUCUGCGGCAUCUACACACCGCGGUGUUCCACAGGGCUGCAUUGUUAUCCCACUGCAGAUUCAGAAUUGCCCUUGGAGCAGCUGGUUCAGGGGUCAGGACGAUGCUCACACAACCUCACUCAAGAGCAUCAGGACAAGAGUGGAUCUAUAGAGGAGCUGCAGGGCACUGAGGGCCCCCCUCAGAAGAAGCCGACCAAAGAUGCCAGCCCUUGGAUGUGGUCCAAACAGAAGGCUUUGAGGCAGGCCCAGAACGAGCUCAAGACCAAGAUGAAGACCAACACCCGCCCUGAGGAACCUAGGACCCAGCGGGCCACUCAGAGCCAUUGUCAACAGGAGAUGGACAAGGUGCUGGAGGAGAUCUCCAAGAUGACCUUCCAUGACAACAGGGAACCGCUGGAGGAUCUGUACGAGCUCAACUUCCCCAAUUGUGACAGAAGGGGCCAAUACAAUCUCAAACAGUGCCACAUGUCCACCCACGGUCAGCGGGGCGAGUGCUGGUGCGUUAACCCCUUCACGGGUGUCCAGAUCACCCAGUCCACGAGGGUGCGGGGGGACCCCAAAUGCAGCCAGUAUGUGGAGGAGCAGGAGAUGGCGACUGGGACACUGCCCACUGUUGUCCUCCCUAUGGCAGAGACAUAGCAGAGCUUCACCCACAUCCAGAUAUCCCCGACGGUGGAAAGGUCCAACUUGACUGACAGCUGAUAUUGUUGUCAUGUGCAUGGGUUUCUUUCUAUGUAGCCGACAUGUUUUUGUUUAAGU